UACCGAAAAUUUCCAGAAAUAGAGCGUACCUCGUAAAAAAUAAGCAAAGAUUCUUUAUUACAACAGUCGUAACAUAACCAUGUGUGGACGAACAGCCUGCACAUUGUCGCCUGAUGAGAUUGUUGCAGCCUGCAGGUUUAAAAGUGCAAAUGGUGAACAAAAUUGUCCUCAAUGGAUGGAUGCUGCAAAUGGACAAAAAUACUAUCUUUCUUACAACAAGGCACCUACCUCAUACACCCCUGUUCUUUUAUCAAGCCAACAUUUUGACAAUUCAGAAAUCUCUGCUAAGUCUGAGCGUGUUGUUCUUCCAAUGAAAUGGGGUCUCACACUAUCUUGGCACAAAGGAGACCCUUAUAAAAUCCCAUAUGAAACAAAUAAUUGCAGAGCUGAGGGUAUGUUAGAGAAGAGGACAUACAGAGUUCCUUUACAAAAAGGUUAUCGCUGUGUUAUUUUGGCAGAUGGCUUUUUUGAAUGGAAAACAUUAAAAGAGGGGAAACAACCCUACUUUUUCUACUUCAUGCAACCAGAAACAGUGCAAUUUCCCUUCAAAAUUCUACCAGACAAUAGUGCCAGUAAUUCAAAACGUGAAAUAAAAGAAGAAAAUGAAUCAAAGCCACCAAAACUGCAACCAAAAGUUGAAACAAAGGAAACCGUAUCUCUUACUAAUUUAAAAGAAGAAAAAGCAGAUGAAGAUAUUAAGACAGAACUAAAAGAAGAAAAUGAAUCAAAGCCACCAAGACUGCAACCAAAAGUUGAAACAAAUGAAACCGUAUCUCUGACUAAUUUAAAAGAAGAAAAAGCAGAUGACGAUACAAAGACAGAACUUUCAGAUGUCCAACAAGAAAGUGAAAAGUCAGACUAUACCAAUCUCAGUAGCAAGAUUGAAGAGUGGCAUGGUCCAAAACUCUUGACAAUGGCAGGUGUCUUUGAUAUUUGGAAGUCUUCAGAUGGUUCGCCUCCCUUGUAUUCCUACAGCAUCACCACUGUGUCCGCCUCAUCUGACAUGGACUGGUGUCAUCACCGCAUGCCCGCAAUUUUAUCUACACCCAAAGAGGUUAAUGAUUGGCUGGAUUUCUCAAAUGUUCCUCUCAAUAAGGCCUCUGCUCUCAUCAAACCACAGAAGUGCCUGAGCCACCACCCAGUCUCAAAGGCUGUAAACAACUCCAGGAACCACACACCUGACUGUCUUAAACCAGUCAAGCCUGAGCCACCACCCAGUCUCAAAGGCUGUCAACAACUCCAGGAACCACACACCUGA